UCCUAACUAGACUACAAACAUAACCUAAUACUCCCACUCCACACUCUAUAUAAUCCACCUCUUCCUACUCUUCUUUCUUCAACCUCAUUUUCUCAGACAAUACAGCACUACAACUAUCAUCCAUGGCUCCUAAAGGAGACAAUGUUGUUGUUUCUAACAUCAAGCUUGAGAAAUUGCUUUGUAUGAAAGGAGGCAAAGGAGAGGCUAGCUAUGCCAAUAACUCCCAAGCCCAGGCCUUACAUGCUCGAUCUAUGCUUCACCUUCUUGAAGAAACCCUAGAUAUGGUGCACCUCAGCUCCCCCGAGGUCCCAUUUCAAGUGGUGGACUUGGGAUGCUCUUCCGGCAGCAACACAAUAUACAUCAUUGACGUGAUUAUUAAGCACAUAAUCAAGCGAUACGAGUCAUCAGGACUUGAGCCUCCUGAGUUCUCCGCUUUUUUCUCUGAUCUCCCUAGCAACGACUUUAAUACUCUUUUUCAACUCCUUCCUCCCUUGGCCAAUUACGGAGGAAGCAUGGAAGAGUGUCUAGCUGCCAGUGGCCACAGAAAUUAUUUUGCAGCUGGAGUCCCCGGUUCGUUUUACCGGAGACUUUUUCCAGCCAGAUCGAUAGAUGUGUUUCACUCAGCAUUUUCCUUGCAUUGGCUCUCUCAGGUGCCAGAGAGUGUGGUAGACAAGAGAUCAAAUGCAUACAACAAAGAGAGGGUGUUUAUCCAUGGUGCCAGUGAAUCCACAGCAAAUGCUUACAAGCACCGGUUUCAAACUGACCUUGCAGGAUUCCUUAGAGCAAGAUCACAAGAAAUGAAGAGAGGUGGGUCCAUGUUCCUUGUCUGCUUGGGUAGGACUUCUGUGGACCCCACAGACCAAGGUGGGGCUGGCCUCUUAUUUGGGGCCCACUAUCAGGAUGCUUGGGAUGAUCUUGUCCAAGAGGGGCUUAUUACAAGUGAGAAGCGUGAUAAUUUCAAUAUUCCGGUCUUUGCACCGAGCCUUCAAGACUUCAAGGAUGUGGUCGAAGCACAUGGCUCAUUUACCAUAAACAAGCUUGAGGUUUUCAAAGGAGGAAGUCCUCUGGUGGUUGAUUGUCCUGAUAAUGCAGCUGAGGUCGGCCGAGCUUUAGCCAACACCUGCCGGAGUGUCUCCGGGGUGCUUGUUGAUGCUCAUAUUGGGGACCGGCUAAGUGAAGAGCUGUUUUUACGGGUGGAGCGCCGAGCCACAAGCCAUGCAAAAGAGUUAUUAGAGAAGCUACAAUUCUUCCAUAUAGUUGCAUCUCUUUCUUUUGCUUAGGAAAAGAGAAAAAGGAAAAGGAAGAGGAAAAUUCUCUCUUCUUGUGUGCUAUUUUCAAUGCACAGGUGAUCAAAGAAAGGGUCGAAACACACAAAAGAGAGGAGAAAAGGCUUUCAUUCACUAUCUUUCCUUUUCCUCUCUUUACUUGAUGGGUUUUGUGACUUCGUGUUCCCUUGAAUCCAAACUAGGUAAAUAAAGCUUGUAAACCCUAUUCAUUUUGCUUCCUUUGUAGCUAAUUAUUAAUGUCUAUAGAUGUGAGUUAUUGAAUUAAA